AUGGGGGCGGAGGUGGGAGUCGCAGGAGUCGCGGUGCCGCCGGCGGCGAAGAGGAGGCGGGUGGUGGCGGCGAAGCCCAUGGCGGCGGCGGCAGGGAGGGAGAGGCCGCGGCGCGCGAGGAGGCCGACGGCCGUGCAGCGGCUCUUCCAGGCGUGCCGCGCCGUUUUCCAGGGCCCCGGCACCGUCCCCGCGCCCUCCGAGGUCGACCUGCUCCGCGCAAUCCUCGAUAGGAUGAGGCCAGAAGAUGUUGGUCUAAGCUCAGACAUGGCAUUCUUCAGGGCGAGAGAUGUGGCACAACAAAACCCAGCAAUUACACACACAACGAUAUACAAAUCAGAGAAAUUUUCGAUGGUGAUCCUAUUUUUGCCGCAGAAUGCGGUCAUCCCUCUUCACAAUCACCCUGGUAUGACAGUGUUCAGCAAACUACUACUCGGAUCAAUGCAUAUAAAGUCAUACGACUGGGUUGAUCCUGAUCCGGCUGAGAGUGGCGCGUCGUCGCCUGACGAUCGAUUGAGGUUGGCAGAACUGGUUGUGGACGAUGAUUUCACUGCGCCGUGCGACACGUCGGUCCUGUACCCGACGGCAGGGGGCAACAUGCACAGGUUCAGGGCCAUCGCGCCGUGCGCAAUCCUUGACAUCCUUGGCCCCCCUUACUCCAUCGAAGAAGACCGAGACUGCACGUACUACACGGAUGUUCCAUACUCCGAGCAUCCUGUGACGGGCACUGAACUCAUUGGCAGCGAACAAGAAGGCCGGCGUCUCGCCUGGCUGAAAGAGGUCGAGAUGCCAAGGGAUCUGAAGAUGUGCAGUGUCCGUUACGGCGGCCCACAGGUCUCCGAGAGGUGACCCCCCGCCAUCGCCCAUACAUGCUUUCAGGCCCUUUACGACCGAUGAUGAGCUAUCAACUCAACUCAAAGCAGCUGAUGUCAGAAUCGUCUAACCUUGUGAAUACAGACAGCAGCAAGCUAAUUGAGCCAUAAGCCUAGGUUUUCAGUUUGUGUGUGUUGUCUCAGUGAUGCCAGGUUAUCAUGUAAGAGUGUUUGCUUGAUUGCUUUUACAGCAGCUAUAUGGACCUUGUCCACUUCCGUUGUUGAUCUCUGUUAAUGCAAUAGAUUCCACAGAUUUCACUUGCUCA